GUGAUGAUCAUCAAAUGUUUUAAAGCCGACAAUUAACUGCUUUAAAUGACCAAUAUUUGAGUGUUAAAUAUCGACUUUUGGAAUAAUAGUUUGAUGAAUAUUAAAAAAAAAUCUUAAUUUGAAGUGCAGUUGCUUACAGCAAACCGUUUCCAUUUGGUUCACACUGUCUGAUCUUUGACAUGGUGCUUUCUAUGUUAAAUACAUGUUAAGCAGUACAUUACAAAAAUAAGCAGAGUUAGCGUUUCAACAACAGUUCAUUCAUCUUCUAAUUAGACGAUCUUUAUGGUUCCAUUAGUUGCCUGUUGGCACGUGAUGCAUGUGUUUACAUCCGGGUUCGUGUACUGCAAUUUCCGGAGCUGCGCAUUGGGAGUCAGCUGACUGUAGUAACCAACCAGCGGGUGUAACAGAUCAACUGAAGAGACACCGAAGGGAGAAAAAACGCCUUCCUCUCUAUACUUUUGCGUAUCAGCAGCGGAGAACCGGACAGCCGUUGUCCCCAGAAACCCGGCCACGUCUUUCCGCUUUCCCGCAGGAUGAGUGUUAGUGCUCCGAGGUGCAUGGCCAGCUCGGGGCAGAAGCCCAUCGCGGAGAUCCUCCACCCGCUCUCCGGCGCCGAGGAGCAGCUCUCCGUCACCGUCAGCGUCGUCGGAGGGGACAAGCGUCUCCCAUCGCAGCAUCUCGGUUUGAUGUCACUGUCCCCGUCCGCGCAGGAAGCGGCCCUGACCAAUGGCACGCCGGUGGAGACGUCGAGUCCCGCCUCCACGUCGUCGCUGUUCAACAGGCUGCAGCUGGACGACGAUCUGGACGCAGCUGUCCGGGACCCCUACGUGGAGACCGCAGAGACCCGUGACUUGUUCGUCACGGUCGACGACCCAAAGAAACACGUGUCCACCAUGGAGACCUACAUCACCUACAGAGUCUCCACCAAGACGUCACGGGUAGAGUUUGACCUGCCCGAGUACUGCGUGCGGCGGCGCUACCAGGACUUUGACUGGCUGAGGAGCAAGUUGGAGGACAGCCAGCCGACCCACCUCAUCCCUCCGCUGCCGGAGAAGUUCGUGAUGAAGGGUGUGGUGGACCGUUUCUCAGAGGAGUUUGUGGAGACGAGGAUGAAAGCUUUGGACAAGUUCCUGAAGCGAGUUGCCGACCACCCGGUACUCUCCUUCAACCCGCAUUUAAACGCUUUCCUGACUGCCAAGGACCUGAACAAGCGUCAGGGUCUGGCCCUGCUCACCAAGGUGGGCGAGUCGGUGAAGCAGGUGGCCGGAGGCUACAAGCUGCGGGCGCGGCCGCCCGAGUUCUGCGCCAUGGGAGAAUACCUGGACACCUUCAACCAGAAACUGGGAACCAUCGACCGCAUCGCUCAGAGGAUCCUCAAAGAGCAGUCGGAGUACCUAACGGAGCUGCGCGAGUACGGCACUGUGUACUCCAGCUGGGUGGCAUCGGAGGGAGAGCUGCGGCGCCCCCUGGAGGGUGUGGGCGGCUGCGUGGCGACGUGCUGCGGAGCGCUGGAGGACCUGGGUGAGGGCAUGAGCCAGGACUUCCUGCCCGUGCUCCGAGAGUACAUCCUGUACGUGGAGUCCAUGAAGAACGUUUUGAGGAAGCGAGACCAGAGCCAGGCGGAGUACGAGGGCCGACUGGAAGCCGCAAUGUUGCGCAAACAGGAGGACCGAACGCCAAUGCCAGUGGAGGUGGAGAAGUGCCAGGACAAAGUGGAGUGUUUCAACGCCGACCUGAAGGCGGACUGGGAGCGCUGGCAGAGCAACAAGAGACAAGACUUCAAGCAGCUUCUCACCGGCAUGGCCGACAGGAACAUCCACCACUACGAGAAGUGCCAAGCAGCGUGGGAGUCGCUUGUAACCGUCCUCCAGGACAAACAGACUGGGGACAAAACCAACGAGACGAACUGAAACAUCUCCUCCUAACCACCACCCCCUGAAUAACCCAUUCUCUAAUGCCAAGGAAAAGGAGGAACCAGGCAGAGGACUUGAGCUGCAGGACUUUGCCCCCAUUGUCCACAUUUGACCCUACAAAGUAGGUAACCGAUGGUACAUUCUAGGACGUUUGGGGAAACGGGUCAGACCUUCUUCGUUUUUUUUUCUUUUUUUUUCUCUGUGUUUUUUCCUUCUUUCUGAACCUUUUCUACUAAAUAUUUCCUAAUGAACCCAGUUGCCAAUUGCCACUGGUGUUUAAGCUCGGUCUCAGAUUUUCCGCCUGCUCUCGCUGCGUUCACAUUGAGCCAAACGUGAAGGAUGACUCUCCAGCGUCGAAGGAAACCAAUAAGGUCACGAAAUGUGAAUUAUGAAGUAAUAUCUUGGAGAUUAGUUUGUUUUUCCUGCCAGGAUGUAAAACCUUUUCUAAAAUGUAACGCUGAAACAUAUUUGGUAUGUGAAUUGGAAACAUCUCACACUUCAUUUAAAGGAUCUACUGGUUGUUCUUGCAGGUUUCAUCCUCUUAUACUGACCCUUUUCCAAGAGUUCAUAAAUGUUAUGGUUUUUCCUGCUCUGCCAGCCAACAUUGUUGGCAUGAAAUUCCUCUUGCAGGGACUUAAAACCAACUGUUAUCCGAGCCUUUGAGAUUGUGUUCAGCCACAAGAAGCAAAAGGGCGGAGAAGGUUCACAAAGCGAAAUGUCAGUAAAAGCAAAUGAAGCAAAGGGACAUUAUUGGAUGUAUUUUUGAUCCACAUCUUUAGAUGAAUAGACACAACACAGAGCCAAAGGCCUCGUGUGUGUUUGUAAGAAGGAUGUUGAGCUUUAUCAGGGAAGCGGUUUGUGCUUUUGUAGCAGCGCCGCCUGGUGGUUUAGAUGAGUACAGCUCUCAUAUUUUUGCAAACGGCAGCUUAACAGUGUGCUGCUCCUUUCCUGCUGCCGCCAUUUAUUCACCUUGAUUCUUGAAAAACGCUUUAAGUUAGUCAAGGAUGCUAAACGCUCAAUCGGGACGAUUUACCCAAUUAAACACCAGAGGAAGUGGAAAGUAUCACUUUAAAAAUAAAAACAUUUUUUUUGUCUAACUCUGAGUGAAAUGUCCUUUUCCUGACAGCAUUCCUAAAAGUUCAAUAAGCUUUGUCUUGAAAGUCUUAAAGGCUUCAUACGAUCUAGAAACGUUUUGGUUUAAAGAAGAAGCUCGUUUUGUCUGUGUCUGUCGUGACCCCCCCCCCCCCUCC